AGGGCCUGUAAGAUAAUCCAUACGCGACCCUGCAGGCGCGGCCUGCACCCCAAGCACUUUUUAAGCUAUUGAAUACACGUUUUCUAGCUCUUUCAUCUUCACUUUCCACUAUAAGCACUUUUAUUCUUGGACGGCACGCCGCGGGCGUCGUCCGUUGUGAUUUUCGUGUCAACAUCAUCCCGUGCUGUGUUGUAUAUCAACAUACGUCUUUAAAAUCCAAAAGUAGUACGUACUCUCGCACGAUUUCUGUAUUGCUUACUUAGUUGAUAACCACAACCUCACACAACAUGGCGUACCAGCCCUACAUUGGCAUGGGUGGCUCCGACUACUACGGAGGCGACCCAAACUACGCCGCGUGGGCGGGGUCCGACGCGGCCAAGGAGCAGUUUGGGGAGACGGUUGCCACCUCCGGGGCCGGGUCCUCGGACCACACCAUUACCGUCAAGGUCCAGGGCGGCGGGUUCCUGGCCCAGACCAAGGGCGGCCUGGACACCGGGGUUGGGGGGCGCUACGUCGACUACAACUCGGACGGCUACAUUUUCAAUGAGGCGGGGGUCGAUGCCAUGGGCAACGUCGUCGCGCAGAAGCAGCACGGCGGCGGCGGGGGUUACUACGACCAGAACGGGCAGUGGGUCCAGACCGGCGAUGGCGGGAGCGGGAGCGGCGGCUACGUAGACGAAAAUGGGCAGUGGGUCUACACGCCGGGGGGCAACGAGGAGGACCAGGCCGCCUACAACUUUAGUCGCAAGAAGAUUGACGUGAGUGUGCAGGGCUACAGCCACGACGACCUCGUGGACGACGGCCGGAACCACAUGGUGGGCGGGGGCGGGAGAUUCGGGGGAGCAGGAGGUGGAGGUGGGCAUCACCACCACGGAGGCAGCGGUGGGGGCUCGGGAUCAUAUGGUAGUUCCGGGGGAGCAGGGUAUAGUAACUCCGGCGGUGGAGGCGGUUCGUACGGUGCUAACGGUUCGUACGGAGGUGGUGGCGGAGGGUAUAACUCGGACGCCGAGUCAGCGAGCUCCUCCUCUUCCGAAGACUUGGGGCAAAGAGGCGGAAAACUGAUCCAAUACGCGAUGGAAGUGCCGACGCCGAUAGGGAAAGCGAAAGUUUUGGUUUUUGAAGACUGGACCGUGGACUUCGACGAUGACGAGUGCUGGUGAGGUUUAUUUUGCAGUGACUAAAUGAUGCGACGCGCUUUCGAUUAUUGUUCUUCUACCUAGUCGUGCACAUGCUCGUGGGGGACUUCUCACUCUCGACGUCACUGAUAGUUGUAUAGCAAAAAUUUUAGAAAUACUGCGAACCACAAUAGAGAAAACCAAAUCGUAAUAACCUCGUUUAUUUUCUACACAGGAACCUCGGCGACACGACGCGCACGUGCGUGAAGCCGACCGGCACGUGGAAGGGGGAGUCUCCGCAGGACUUUACCUGCACGCACGGCCAGGCGUGGAACCUGGUGUGGGGGUCCGACCCGAAGACCGGCAAGCAGGUGCCCGUGUUGACCAUCGGCGGAUUGGAAUUUCGCGACGGCUACAUCCCGGGCAGUCAAAACGCGUCUAAUUGGGAAAACGGGAAGAGCAGCUCGGGCGGCGGGGGGAUCGGCGGCUGGUUCCAUAAUCUGAUGUCCGGCGACAGUAUCAUGGGCGGGUCGAGUUCGACGACAAGCAAGGGGAAGGGAAAAAGGAGUGGCAGUAGUUCCGCUUUCGCAGCCGAGGGCGACUGGGGCGAAGUAGACGGCACCGCCGGCCGCGGGCGGGGCAGGACCGGGAUCUCCGGGCACUGCAUCUACGGCAUCUGCCCCCCGCAGAACAUCAAGACGGUGCGAAAGAUCGGGAUGCAGGCUCACGCCCACGCACUCGACAUGGAUAAGCACCAACAGCAACAGGCCGCGAAAAUGGCGGAGCACCAGAAACAGAUGCAGAAGGUGGCCAACCGACAGGAAGAGCAGCGGGCCGCGAACGCCAUGCGGCUGCAGGCCGACAAGUGGAAGCUGCAGCAGCACAAGGCGGAGUUGCAGGCAGAAACCGCGAUGAAGCAAAACAUGAUGCGGGCGGAGUUGAACGCCGUGCGUAUGGACAAGCAGAACGAGCUCGCGCAGAUGCAGGGCCGCGCGGAUAUGAAGAUGAUAGAGAUGGCGCAGGCCAACCACGAGACGAAGAUGAAGGCGAAGCUGGACAUGGAGGCCGCGCAGAUGUCCGCGGACUUGCUCGCGGCGCAGCAGGACACCAUCAACCUGCAAAACGAGAUGGAGACGAAGCUGACCCUGGAGCAAAAGCGCGCCGAGGCGAUGUCGAUGAAGGCCCGGCAGCGCAUGAAGGACGGCCGCAGCCGCGGGGGCGUGAGAGACGGCCCCGGCGGAUCCGGCGUGGGUGCGCGCGGCGGCGGUCGGGGGGUCCGCGGAGCGAGCGGCGGCCGCGGGGUCGGUGGCAUUGGUGGCCGCGGCGUCGGGGCCUACGCGACCGGGGGCGGCGGCGUUCGGACGCCCUUCGACUGCGCGAAAUACGUGCCGGCGAAAGAAAGGUAAGAAUUUGAUAAAAACAGAAGUUGGUGGCUUCGAUUUUUGCUCUCUUUCGUUCGUGCAUCUGUUGUUGUAAGAACAGCCCCUGGAUUUACAUGUAGUGAUGAUGAAGGAUGAAGAUGAUGGUCAAUGUUUUGUUUUCUACCCUCAAGAAAUAGUGCGCGAUUUGUAGUUUGAGUAUCGUUAGCACUCUGACAUGCAUUCACGUAACUGCUGAUUUAACAUCGUUCACCUCGAUGUCGAUGUGGAGCAACCAGAGUUUGUUGUCGAAGUGAUAAAUUGUGAAAUCUAUCAAAACUGCAAAAAUGAUGAUGAACAGGGACCAGAUGCGCAUUUGGCACUUUGGUUUGGUGGAUGUCAACAUGGGCACUUACAUGAGCAAUAAGUGGCAGCGAAAGUACGUGGUGGUCCGCGACAUGCUGUUUGAGAUUUACGACUCCCCUACGGCCCAAGUCCCCAUCGCCACCUACCCGUUUACCCCCGAUAGCAAGUUCUCCAGCUUCAAGUCGGACACCUGCAGCACGGAGGGAAGGAUGCUGUCCCGCACCCGGAGUUACGGCUUCGAGUUUGACACGCGGCACUUCCUGGGCAUGGUACAUGUCGAUUGCCACGACAUGAAAAAUCUCACCGAGUGGAUGCACAAAAUGGAAGACUGCCGGGCGCACCAGCGGCAGGCGGCACAAUCACUCGCGGAAACGGUGAACGCAAUCAACGAAAUUUACAACGAAGCCGGCUGAUAAAGAGCACCAACUACUUACUGUUUUUGCGAAAAGAAGUUUUAUCGGUUUAGUUUCAUUUAAUUCCCAUUCCUCGUGCGACCUGAUGCUGAAGUUGAUAGAGAAGUAGAUUAAGGCGAUAGUAGUUCGAUGUCCAGCAGACAAAGACCUUGCGCAAGCGAGUUGUCGACGACUAGCGUCAUCAGCAAAGGCAACAGAAGAAGGCCUGGAAGUGGGCUUUCAAACGUCCAAUCUAUCUUUCUAGUUAUCGGAACUGCAAACAAGUUUAUUCCAAAUCAAUGGUCUGCCGCGGUACAAUUUUUUUCCCCGCGGUCUUUCCUAUCUAGCAACG